UCCAUAUUUAGAAUGAACUACCCAACCCUUUUAUAUGUUUUCUUCCAUUUCAAUUUACCAAGAAAAAUGGGACAAAUAAAACGGACAAGAGAGGACGACAGUAAGCAGUAAGGAAGUUAUAUAGCAAAAGGCUUUAAACUGACACUAUAUUUUACUAAUAGAUUCUCUGCAGCCCACUUCAAACUUAAUCGCCCCACAUGACUAUUCAUUUAAUUUUAUACCCACCUUAAAACCUUCGCAAAAAAUAUUCGAUGUUGACAUUACUACAACGACUUCAAAACCUGUUCCAUUCAGUGUAAACACACUAACUCACCGAUUCAAUAAACGGGUUGAGAAAUUUCGGUGCGAACGACCGAAGACUUUAGUGAAAAAACCCGAAACGGUUAAGGAAUAUGAAUCCAUGUACGAACGACAUCAGCACAUCACCUUCACAAUCAUCAAUUAUUUGCAAAUGUUUUUCAAUGUCAUUGUUGUUGGAACCAUAUUAUACAUUUUUGUUAAAAUUAUUCUGGUCGUCAAGCAAGAUUUUCGACUCAAGGCUAAAGAGCAUUUCGAAGUGUUACAGCAUGACAGAUUAACAUGUUCAAAGAAAUACAUGAUCAAUCAUUGUGGAAAAGAUGACCAGGUUCCGGCUAUCGAGAAUAUGUGCAAUGAAUGGGCAUCAUGCAUGCAUAAAGACCUUGCUGUGGCCCAAGCCAAAGUGUCUGCCGAGGCAAUAGCAGAGAUCAUUAAUAGCUUCGUCGAACCUAUAUCCUACAAAGCUCUGAUCUUUUUCUCUUUAUUAAUCAUUGGCUCAUUAUUUUUUUCAAAUGUUGCAUUUGGAAUAGUUAAACGAAAGCACAACAAACUGAUACAAUUAUCAUCGUAGGAAUAAUAAAGUAUAUCUUUAAACCACGAAACUAAAGCUCCAGUAAGAACUGUGAUAAUCAUAAUGAGUGGUCGCUUUUGUUAUUUUGCAAAAAACAUACGUGUCUUUGCAGUUACAAACACACUCAAAUACGUGGAUAUAGCGCAACAUUCAGUUGGACUUGAUUGUAAAGUUAGUUGCUUUAUGCGGCUGUAAAUAUUUUAUAACGAAAACCACAGCCUGGUAGUAGGUCUAUCAAUAGCAGUUAAAUAUCUAAAAU